UCGUAGAGUUAGUAUCAGGAGGAGCAAGAAGAUGACACGCGUCCACUGUCUCCGUCCUGCUGACCCCUCUCUGUGCCCCGCAAAACCUACAGAUCGGGUCUCUGAGUAUUAUAUAUUCCAACUUUUCAGGUGUUACCACUGUCCAUGAGGUCUUGGGGAAGAUCACAAAGACAACAGGGACUCGUUCGAUUACUCAUAUCGCCUAUAUCUUAGAGAGAGAGAGAGAGAGAGAGAGAGUUGGGUGAGCAAUGGAAGAGAUUCGUAAUACUAGCGUUGGCUACCAAGUACAGGCGUCUCCUUUCGUGGCGAAGACGUAUGAGAUGGUGAACGAUCCGAGGACGGACUGCUUGAUCCGGUGGGGGAAGGGGAACAACAGCUUCGUGGUGGUGAAUCCCAGCGAUUUCUCUCAGUUCCUGCUACCCUCCUAUUUCAAGCACAGCAACUUCUCCAGCUUCGUCCGCCAGCUAAAUACCUACGGAUUCAGGAAGGUCGAUCCGGAUAGAUGGGAGUUCGCUCACCACUUGUUCCUCCGAGGGCAGAUUCACCUCCUUCCUCACGUCAUACGACGGUCGAAGAAGAGCCAUGUUGGACUGUGUGCAGGCAGCAGCAGCAGCAGCAUAAGUGGCGAGGAGAAGGGAGACGUGGAAGGGGAGGCUGAGAAGACGCUACUGCAAGAGCUGUAUAGGCUGCGGCAGGAGCAGAGGGCCCUCGACGAAGAGCUACAGGUUAUGAGCAGGCGACUGCAGGCUACUGAAAGGAGGCCACACCAGAUGAUGUCCUUCCUCAUCAAAAUGGCCGAGGACCCUGAGUCAUUCUCCGGGCUCGUGAUCUCCAAGAAGCAGCAGUCUGCAGCAGCGAAGAAGAGGCGUCUUGUUGCUACUGCUGCUGCUCCUCCUGCUCAUGCAAUUAACGAUGGAGUCUUCCUCCUACCUUCUCUUCUGGUUCCAGGGACAGAACAAACUGUGAUCGAGACAUUAGGCACCGGAAGCGAUCGGAUGAGUAUCGAGGAAGUGAAGCCAUUUGCAUUUGUUCCCGAUGUUUCUGCCAUCCAUAGCUACGAUGCUGAGCUCGGUGGUCUCGCUACAGCUCCGGAGGCGAGCAUCAUCGGCCCCAAUCAUGCAAGCGGAAUCAGCUUCCUACCCGACUUCGCUCUGAGCACGACGAGUUCGAGUUCAGAAACAGCAGCGGCAGCCUCCUUCCCCUUCUCUUUACUCGGCCACGGAUUCUGCUAGCCUCUACGAGCUUAAAGUAUACUGUCAAACAUCAUCUUGCUUCUGCAUCUUAGGAAGAUAUUGUUCGUUUCUGAUCGCAAACUUGCUUAGCUCACCUCUA